UGGACUUAGGGGGAACGUGAGCGACACUGCUUUCCAAUGUUGGAUCUUUGCUUGGAAAAACGUGUGGGUACGACCUUGGCUGCCCCCAAGUGUAGCUCUACCAGCGCCGUGCAGUCUCCUGGGUUGGCAGUGGGCACUGAGGAGACCAUGAAAAUGGACAUGGAGGAUGCUGACAUGACUCUGUGGACUGAGGCCGAGUUUGAAGAGAAGUGUACGUACAUCGUGAACGACCACCCCUGGGAUGCUGGAGCCGAUGGAGGGACUUCUGUUCAGGCAGAGGCAUCCUUACCAAGAAAUCUGCUUUUCAAGUAUGCCGCCAACAGCAAAGAGGUGAUUGGAGUGGUUAGCAAGGAGUACAUCCCAAAAGGAACACGGUUUGGACCUCUGAUAGGUGAAAUCUACACUAAUGACACAGUUCCCAAGAAUGCCAACAGGAAAUAUUUUUGGCGGAUCUAUUCCCGAGGGGAACUCCACCACUUCAUUGAUGGCUUCGACGAGGAGAAGAGCAACUGGAUGCGCUACGUGAACCCUGCGCACUCUGCCCGGGAGCAGAGCCUGGCUGCGUGUCAGAACGGAAUGAACAUCUACUUCUAUACCAUUAAGCCCAUCCCUGCCAACCAGGAACUUCUUGUGUGGUAUUGUCGGGACUUUGCUGAAAGACUCCACUACCCUUAUCCUGGAGAGCUCACGGUGAUGAAUCUCACACAAACUCAGAGCAACCCAAAGCAACCGAGCGCUGAGAAACAUGAACUCAACCCAAAGCAUGUCCCAAAGAGAGAGUACAGCGUGAAAGAGAUCCUGCGCCUGGACUCCAACCCCUGCAAAGGGAAGGACUUGUACCGUUCUAACAUUUCACCCCUCCCUGCAGAAAAGGACAUGGACAGCUUUAGAAAAAAUGGGAGCCCCGACGUGCCCUUCUACCCCAGGGUUGUUUACCCCAUCCGGGCACCUCUGCCCGAGGACUUUUUGAAAGCAUCCCUGGGGUAUGGGAUGGAGAGACCCACUUACAUUACUCACUCCCCGCUCCCGUCUUCCACAACCCCAAGUCCCUCGGCAAGAAGCAGCCCCGAGCAGAGCCUCAAGAGCUGCAGUCCGCAUGGCAGCCCGGGGAACACAGUGUCACCCCUGGCCCCGGGCCCCCAAGAACACCGGGACUCCUACACCUACUUAAACGUGCCCUAUGGCACCGAGGGUCUGGGCUCCUACCCUGGCUACGCACCUGCUGCUCCCCAUCUCCCACCCGCUUUCAUCCCCUCUUACAAUGCUCACUACCCCAAGUUCCUGCUGCCCCCCUACGGCAUGAAUUGUAAUGGCUUGAGCAACGUCAAUGGCAUCAGCAACUUCGGCCUCUUCCCCAGGCUGUACCCUGUCUACAGUAACCUCCUCAGCGGGGGCAACCUGCCUCACCCCGUGCUGCACCCGCCUUCCCUCCCCGGCUCUCUUCCCUCGGAUGGAGCCCGGAGGCUGCUUCCGCCCGAGCAUCCCAGAGAGGUGCUGGUGCCAGCCCCCCACAGUGCCUUUUCCCUCGCGGGGGCCGCCGCCAGCAUGAAGGACAAGACCUGCAGCCCCACCAGUGGGUCUCCGACCGCGGGGACGGCGGCCACAUCAGAACACGUGGUACAACCCAAAGCUACCUCAGCGGUGAUGGCGGCUCCCGGCGGCGACGAGGCCAUGAAUCUCAUUAAAAACAAGAGAAACAUGACAGGCUACAAGACCCUGCCCUACCCACUGAAGAAACAGAACGGCAAGAUCAAGUAUGAGUGCAAUGUCUGCUCCAAGACCUUCGGCCAGCUCUCUAAUCUAAAGGUCCACCUGAGAGUGCACAGCGGAGAACGGCCUUUCAAAUGCCAGACUUGCAACAAGGGUUUUACCCAGCUCGCCCACCUGCAGAAACACUACCUGGUACAUACAGGAGAAAAGCCACAUGAGUGCCAGGUCUGCCACAAGAGAUUUAGCAGCACCAGCAAUCUCAAAACCCAUCUGCGACUGCACUCUGGAGAAAAGCCGUAUCAGUGCAAGGUGUGCCCUGCCAAGUUCACCCAGUUUGUGCACCUGAAGCUGCACAAGCGGCUCCAUACCCGGGAGCGGCCCCACAAGUGUGCCCAGUGCCGCAAGAGCUACAUCCAUCUCUGCAGCCUCAGGGUCCACCUGAACGGUAACUGCCCUGCCGCCCCGGGCCCGGGGCUGCCCUCGGAGGACCUGGCCCGAAUCAAUGAAGAGAUCGAGAAGUUUGACAUCAGUGACAAUGCCGACCGGCUUGAGGACGUGGAGGACAACAUCGACGUGACCUCGGUGGUAGAGAAGGAAAUUCUGGCUAUGGUUAGGAAAGAGAAAGAAGAAACUGGUCUGAAAGUGUCUUUGCAAAGAAACAUGGGGAACGGACUCCUGUCCUCGGGGUGCGGCCUCUAUGAGUCCUCAGACCUGGCCCUCAUGAAGUUGCCUCCCAGCAAUCCACUACCUCUGGUGCCUGUAAGGGUCAAACAAGAAACCGUCGAGCCGACGGAUCCUUAACAUUGUCAGAAAGCAAGUGUUCUGCUUUGUUUCUUAAGUUAUGACUUGGCAAGUCAGGGUGCCUGUAGCAAAUUGCUUGUACACGAUUCCAGAUCUGCAUCACUCUCCUGACGGCAGAGACUUCCCCUUCGCCUCUCUGGAAUUGAAGAAGGAUUCCAAAGUUACCAAAAUCUCAGGGCAUAAACGAGGCAAAGACUCUCUAUAUAUAUACAUAUAUACAUAUUAUAUAUACUUAUUUACACCCUUGUCUAUAUAUUUGAGCCUGUGUAUUUUAAAUAUU